CUCCGCUGGGUUACGGGGAGAAGUUCGCCUUCGCCUUGUUGUCCUCUUUAAUGUCUGUCUUCGACGACUGCUCCAUGAGAAUCUUCUUGGAGAGCGAUCUGCUCGUGAGAUGAGAAAUGGCUGUUUUCGUGGAGACACAGACGCAAACGAUCCUGUGGGAUAGUGUUGUAGAGCUCACGAAGGUUGCGCAGGAGAAGGGUGGUGAUCCUCUGCUUUGGGCUAUCCAGGUGUCUUCGUGUCUCAAUUCCGCAGGUGUUUCUCUGCCUUCCACGGAGGUCGCGCAUCUACUGAUUUCUUACAUUUGUUGGGAAAACAACGUUCCAAUCACAUGGAAGAUUCUCGAGAAGGCGUUGGCAAUGAAUAUAGUGCCGCCGAUGCUGGUUCUAGCUCUUCUCUCUCACAGGGUGAUACCAAGUCGACAGUACCGGCCAGCAGCAUACAGGAUUUACAUGGAACUCCUCAAGAGACAUGCUUUUUCAUAUUCAUCUCAAAUUAACGGACAGAAUUUUCAAAAGAUCUUGAAAUCCGUGGAUGAUGUUCUUCAUCUUUCCCAGAUUUUUAGUCUUCAAGCGUAUGAACCAGGGGUCCUUGCAGUUGAGUUUGUUUUUUCAGUUGUAUGGCAGUUGCUUGAUGCAACAUUAGAUGAUGAAAUGUUGCUGGAACUGACCUCAGAAAAGGAACCCAGAUGGGCAACUAGGCCAAAAGAUAUGGAAAUGGAUGAUCAUGAUAGCUUUGAUGGGAAGAGAACCGAACAUUGUGAGAGGCUUCACAAGAUGAAUAUGGUUAUGGCUAUUGAGCUAAUUGGGCAAUUUCUGCAAAAUGAAGUAACUUCCAAGCUCCUUUACUUGGCGUGCCAAAACAUGCCAUCACAUUGGGGAGAUUUCAUUGAGCGGUUAAGACUGCUUGCAGAAAACUCAUCAGCGCUCAGGAAUUCAAAAAUAUUAUCUCCAGAGGCUCUGCAGCAGUUGAUAUCAGAUAAACAUAAACUCUUGUCCCGGAAAUGCAAAACCAGUUCACAGCAAGAAUUCCAUGCAGUUUUGGCUCCUGGGUCUCUUACUUCUUGUGCUGGUCAGUGUUACGGUGCUAGUCGGUCUGCACUUUGGCUUCCUAUUGAUCUGAUUCUGGAAGAUGCAAUGGAUGGGUACCAAGUCACUGCAACAAGUGCAAUGGAUACUCUUGCCGGUUUGGUAAAAUCUCUUCAAGCAGUUAAUGGUAACACCUGGCAUGAUGUCUUCUUAGGUCUUUGGAUUGCAGCUCUUCGGCUUGUUCAAAGGGAAAGGGACCCCAUUGAGGGUCCUGUCCCUCGAACGGACACUCGCUUAUGCAUUUUACUGUGUAUUACAACUCUUGUGGUUGUCGAUCUCAUUGAGGAUGAGGAACUUGCAUUAAUUGAUGAAGCAGAACGUACUCCCACCAAUCAAUGGAAAGAAAAACAGGUUGGAGGGAAGCGUCGGAAGGAUUUGAUAUCCAGCUUACAGAUAUUGGGUGAUUAUGAGGGCGUAUUGACCCCACCUCAAUCUGUUAUUUCUGUAGCAAACCAGGCUGCUGCAAAAGCCAUUACGUUUGUUUCAGGCCUCACUGUUGGGAGCGGAUAUUUUGAGUGCAUUAACAUGAAUGACAUGCCAAUGAAUUGCUCGGGAAAUUUGCGGCAUUUAAUAGUUGAGGCCUGUAUUGCCAGAAACCUACUGGACACAUCAGCAUAUUUUUGGCCGGGUUACGUGAAUGGACGGAUCAACCAAAUACCUCAUGGUAUGCCUGGCCAAGUGCCUGGUUGGUCAUCAUUGAUGAAGGGGGCCCCACUGACUCCAUCAAUGAUAAAUGCUUUGGUUGCAGCUCCUGCUUCAAGCUUAGCAGAACUUGAGAAGAUAUUUGGGAUUGCAAUCAAUGGAUCAGAUGAUGAGAAGAUAUCUGCUGCUACCAUUCUUUGUGGGGCAUCGCUAAUUCGUGGUUGGAAUAUUCAGGAACACACUGUUCAGUUUGUCAUAAGAUUGCUGUCACCUCCUGUUCCAGUAGAUUUUUCUGGGAAUGAAAGUCAUUUAGUACGUUGUGCUCCAAUGCUGAAUGUUCUUCUUAUUGGAAUAGCAUCGGUUGAUUGUGUUCAAAUUUUCUCAUUGCAUGGCUUGGUUCCACAGCUUGCUGGUGCGUUGAUGCCAAUCUGUGAAGUUUUUGGGUCAAGUGUACCCAAUGUCUCAUGGACUCUCACAACUGGGGAAGAAAUCUCUGCCCAUUCAGUAUUCUCAAAUGCAUUUAUUCUUCUAUUGAGGCUGUGGAGGUUUAAUCAUCCACCUCUCGAACAUGUCGUGGGAGAUGUGCCCCCAGUUGGGUCCCAACUUACUCCUGAAUAUUUGCUAUUGGUGCGGAACUCCCAAUUGGUAUCUUCUGGGAACACACUCAAGGAUCGAAAUAGAAGCAGGAGACUGGCAACAAUUACUAGUCCGUCAUCUACACAACCCAUUUUUUUGGAAUCAUUUCCAAAAUUGAAACUAUGGUACCGUCAACACCAAGCUUGUAUUGCUUCAACCCUCUCUGGUCUUGUUCAUGGAACCCCAGUCCAUCAGAUUGUUGAUGUACUUCUAAGCAUGAUGUUCAGAAAGAUAAAUAAAGGAGGAAGCCAGUCUUUAGCUCCUGUAGCUUCUGGAAGCAGUAGUUCUUCUGGUCCUGGAAGUGAAGAUGCCUCUUUGAGACCCAAGUUACCUGCAUGGGAUAUCCUGGAAGCUGUUCCCUUUGUGCUUGAUGCUGCUCUGACAGCCUGUUCCCAUGGAAGACUGUCUCCCCGAGAACUGGCUACAGGGUUGAAGGAUCUAGGUGAUUAUCUUCCUGCAUCUCUGGCAACAAUUGUGAGCUACUUCUCCUCUGAAGUAACACGUGGUGUUUGGCAGCCUGCUUUUAUGAAUGGCACUGAUUGGCCAAGCCCGGCUGCCAAUCUUUCAAAUGUUGAGGAACAGAUCAAAAGAAUUCUGGCUGCCACUGGUGUCGAUGUUCCAAGCCUUGUUGCAGGAGGAAGCUCUCCAGCUACACUUCCGCUGCCCCUGGCUGCCUUUGUGAGCUUCACAAUUAUCUUUAAACUUGAUAGAGCCUCAGAACGCUUCCUCAACCUGGCUGGCCCAGCCUUAGAGACCCUAGCAGCAGGUUGCCCAUGGCCUUGCAUGCCAAUUGUAGCCUCUUUGUGGGCCCAGAAAGUCAGGCGUUGGAGUGACUUCCUCGUCUUCUCUGCAUCUCGGACGGUCUUCCACCAUAAUAGCGAUGCAGUGGUUCAGCUCCUUAAGAGCUGCUUCACCACUACACUUGGCCUGAAUGCUGCACCUAUCUCCAACUCUUGUGGUGUAGGGGCACUUCUCGGUCAUGGCUUCGGCCAUUUCCAUGGAGGGUUCUCCCCUGUUGCCCCUGGGAUCCUCUACCUAAGAGUGUAUCGGGCUGUCAAAGAUAUUAUGUUCAUAACAGAAGAGAUUCUCUCUCUUUUGAUGCAGUCUGUGAGAGAAAUAGCAGGCGAUGGGCUAUUGAAAGAGAGAAUGGAGAAAUUGAAGAAGACCAAGUAUGGAAUGAGAUAUGGUCAGGUUUCACUUGCUACAGCAAUGACUCGGGUAAAGGUUGCAGCUUCACUAGGGGCUUCAUUGGUGUGGUUAUCUGGUGGCUCAAGUCUGGUCCAAUCCUUGAUCAAAGAAACUCUGCCAUCUUGGUUUAUAUCUGCACAUGGAUCAGAGCAGGAAGUAGGGUCUAGGGGGGUGGUGGCAAUGUUGAGAGGGUAUGCACUGGCAUACUUUGCAGUACUUUGUGGAACAUUUGCUUGGGGUGUGGACUCAAAAUCAUCUGCCUCAAAGUGGCGGCCAAAGAUCCUCGGGGCUCACUUGGAGUUCUUGGCGAGCGUGAUUGAUGGGAAGAUUUCACUUGGUUGUGAUUUGGCCACUUGGCGGGCCUAUGUGUCCGGGUUUGUGAGCCUGAUGGUGGCAUGCACUCCAACAUGGGUGUUGGAGGUGGAGGUGGAUGUCUUAAAGAGACUGAGCAAGGGAUUGAAACAAUGGAAUGAAGAGGAACUUGCUCUGGCUCUGCUUGGAAGAGGUGGAUGUGGGGCAAUGGGUGCUGCUGCUGAACUGUUACUCGAGAGUGAGUUAUAAACUUUCCUUCAACUAACAUUUUAUGGGUUGAUGAUUGAUUGUACAUUUAACAUUUUUGUACACUAGUCUGAAUAGGUGAGGGAGGAGCUGAUGUUUGUAUCUUAGGAAAGCUUACUUCUCAAACUGGUAAUGCCUUUUUGUUUCUUUAGGUUUCUAUUGUAAA